GAUUAGACUCGCUGUUUGCCAGUGCGAGCUUCGGUUCACAUGUGAGGUAGCGUUAAACAGCAAACUGGCGAUGUCUUGCGAACUAAAAGCCUUCGUUUCAGUUUUGAUAUUAUCAGCAAUAGCACUUCAUCUCAUCUGUCGUUCUUUUAGCUCUACGCCUAAGCGGGAAGACCUUGGUUAUUCCGGAGAAAGCAGUUUCAGUAGAGUGUUGUACGAUUUUGCCAGCAAAACCGGAUUUUCACCUCAGCUCCAAAGCGAUGCGUCGGAAUUCAAAGCAAAUCCGAAUGGAAAGCGCGUUCGACGCGCCAGUUCAAAACUUCAAGUCACAGCUGGUUUUCCCAGUGAAAAAAAGAAAGAAACACUUCCUCUUCAGUCGAAUAAUUCCACGAAUGAAUUUCGAUCCGACGACAGUGCAUCUAUACAUUCUAACACGGAAAACGCUACACUAACAGCUUUCCCCAAAAGAGCUCUUGAAAUCGAAUCUGGAUUUCAAGGUAGCGCCCCAGCAUUUGGAAGAUUGGCAAUCCCGGGGAAAUUUUAUGGUCCUCAAAGUGGCUCCAGCUCCCAAUCCACCGAUAUGGAGAUGACAUUACCUACAGUACACUGUUCAGAAGAUGUAAUGACUUUAACAGCGAAUGGAAAAGAUUACAUGCACAUCUUUGUAGAUCGAGUGGAUGUAGCCCCACUGCAUUUAUUCCAGGUACCUGCAUAUUGUGGUUAUUCUGUCAGGGUCACAUGGGAAGAUCUGGUCCUAAUGGUCCCAUAUGAUGGGUGCUACAUCAUACAAGAGAAUGGCAGUUAUGUUCUUUCACUGCUGUGGUGGGGCAGUCCCAUAAAGAUAUCCUGUCCUAUGACACCUGUGAACUCGCAACCAACCCCUUCUGUCUUGUGCUCUCAUUUUGGCAUGGUCAUUAAAAUAGAAGGAGCCCGCGAAGCUGCAGAGAAACACAGGGUUAAAGUGAAUGGGAAAAUACUGCCUCUCCUAUCUGAGACGUGUGCAUAUCGCAUACAUUCUCCUCCUGAGGUUGUUAUACUCCAUACUGUUUACAACUCAAGAUGUGUGACCGUUACGGAUAAAGAAAACAUCCUUGAUGUGAUUUUGGAUGGAAAUCAGUUCACCCUCUCAUGUCCCUUUCCUCACCACCUGAUUCCCUUUCUUCCUUACCUUUAUUCUCAUCCAUACCAUAAAUCACUGCCACCAGCUCACAUUUAUCCCAAAUAUCCCCUUCAUCAUCCAGCACCUCUUUUUGAUGACCCUGUGGAUCAAAUACCACAAACGCAAGAAGAGACCGUACCUCAAGACCCAACGACCCCUCCACAACAUUCACCACACCCUGUAUCCUGUCCUCCUUAUCCUCAGAAAUUCUGUUCUCAGUACCCCAUGCCAUAUCAUCAGCCAGCCGUGUCCACUGCUUCACAACCAACCAUCCAGCCAUGGACAUCAUUUCCUCAAACUACAUACAAUCCUCUGGCCUCUCUAGUUAUGCAAAAGACCCCACUCCCUGUGUUUCCUACGACUCCAUCUACACCACCCUCCCAGAUGUCCCCCUCUCUUAAUUGCAUGGGAAAUAAAAUAAUGGCAACUUUGCCCUCAGCAAAAGAGGACUCCAUUAAAGUCAAAGACACUGAGACAAACACCUGGAUCUUCAUUGCAUCAGUACAAGCAGCCUGUAAUUACACACUCCACUCCAGAGGUGGCAGUGUUGUGCUCUCUUCACCACUGCCUUCCUGUCACACAAAAAAAAUGUCCUCCACAGUGAUCUCUUUAUCUGUCCGGUUCUGGGAUCUCUCUCAACUGCGAUACCGAACCCUACAGCUUCAGUGUCAGUACACUGAAGACAUAGACACACAACCAUUGCACCAAAUCAUACCUCACCUUACGACCGAACCCACAGCCACUCAACCACCCUCUAAAUUUGAAGUGUUGUGUUCUAGCCAACAUAUGAGUGUAAAACUGCCACCUGGACCAACAUCGAGCCUCUAUGUACAGGACCCUUCCAAUGGGAUAAAAACAGAAGCUGUUAGUAUUUUGGAGGCCCCAAGUCAUUGUGGGUACUCUGUGGAAAGGGAUCAAGAUGGUACCAUCAACAUCCUCCUGCCUUACUCUUCCUGUCACAUGACUCAGAAGGAUGGACUGUACAGGAUUAUAUUAAAAUAUCAGACACCGAAAGGGCUCGCAGCUGAGUCAUUGCUGUCGUGUCAGGUUGUGAUCAGUCAAGAGUGUAAUGUUGCACCUGAUCAGCAGUUGGUCUGUGGAUCUGGGGCGUUAUUGUCAUCCGAGUGCCAUGACAGAGGCUGCUGCUAUUCUGCAGACACCCAAUCAUGUCAUUACCCCAUGGACGAAUGCACAAUGGAUCGACAUUUUGUUUUCUUGAUUCACUCAUCCGCCGCGGAUCCGCCCCUAUCCCCCGCCAGCCUCGUCACAGCUGGCGACAACCCUUGCACACCCCAAAAAGUUACUGCUGACUGGGCCCUCUUCAAGAUCCCUCUGGAUGAAUGUGGGGCGCACAGAUAUGAGGUGGGUAAAACGGUCGUCUACAUGGUGGAGAUCCUGAAUAGAAUGCAGCCCCUCAGUCUAAGUUAUGGUACCAUCACUAGAGAGUCGCCUGUAAGACUACUGGUUGAGUGUCGGUAUUUACCUGGAUCUGUGAUAAGUGUGGGUUAUCUGGUGAAAAGCCCCUCCCUCGGACCUUCUAUCAAAGCUCAGGGGGUGUUUGGAGUUCAGCUCAGGAUCGCAAAAGAUGAGCACUACAUUGAUUUCUACCCACAAUACCACCAGCCCCUGCGUAUGCUUCUGGGGAAACCCCUUUACCUGGAAGUGCGUCUGCUAAACCCUCCAGACCCCACUGCUGUACUGCUGGUGCAUUACUGUGUUGCAUAUCCACGCUCUGCAAAAUCUGCCUGGAUCCUUAUUUAUGAUGGGUGCCCAAAUUUUCUUGACCAGACCCCGACCCACAAGCCUCCUGCUACACCUGCAGAGGCCCUGAUCAAUCACGUUAGACGAUUCACUAUCACUACAUUCCAGUUCCUACCUGAAGAUGCAGACCUGCAGACAGAUGAGGAGAUUUAUUUUAUGUGUUCAACGGAGGUUUGUCUGCCCUCAGAUGGUCCAUGUGUUGAGGGCUGCUUUACAGAUCCCUCUAAUAUGAAGCCCUGAGAGAAGGCUGAUGAGCUGGAUGAAGCCCAACUAAUAAAUUACCAUUCUUUUUGUUUGACAGAUAUAUAUAUAUAUAUAU